CGUCAUUGAAAUAUUUUAGACGGUUAUAUAUAAAUAUAUCUUGACGCAAUACUUACUUAGAUAUUCACACAUUCAUGCAUAGCAUUGGCUUACAAUUAAAUUUAUUUUUCAUUUUUACUUUUAGUUUAAUCAACUGGGAAGUAAGUGCCCAGUCAACAGCUAAUGGACCAUAUCCAUUGGUGAUGAUACCUGGGACAGCUGGUUGUCAAGCUUUCGCUGUAUUAAAGAAUGAUCCCGACCAUAAAGCCUUGCCUGUAUGGUUAAAUCUGAAAUUGUUUGCAUUUAUAAAACAUUUUACUGAGUAUUUUAAAUUACAAUAUGAUCCGAAAACCGGUCACAGUUAUGAUGCCGAAGGUGUUGAUAUUAUUUUUCCAGGAUGGGGUGAAACAUGGUCAAUCGAGAAUCUAGAUGAAACACCGAAUAUGUUUUCUGAAUAUUUUGGUUCAUUGGUUAAUGUUCUUAGAAAAGAUCCGUUUUAUGUAUCAAACUUUACGAUGAGAGGUACACCAUAUGAUUUUAGGAAAGCUCCUAAUGAAAAUGGUGAAUUUUUUGAUAAAUUAAAAGCUUUGAUUGAGGAAACUUAUGAAAAUGCCAAACAAAGACCUAUUGUUCUAUUACCACAUAGUAUGGGAUGCUUAUAUGCUCAGUGGUUUUUGAAAAAAUGCGACAUUUGGUGGAAAAAGAAGUACAUCAAAUCGUUGGUGUUUUCCAGUUGUCCAUUUGGGGGUUCUGUGAAAACAGUGAAGAUUGAAGCUAGUGGUGAUAACUUUGGAGUGUUUCUACGUAGUCCAUUAAGUUUUCGACACGUUCAACGUUCUAUGCCAUCUCUUCCAUUCUUAUUUCCUGAUCCACGUUUAUGGCCAUCAUCGGAGCCACUUAUUAUCACGCCUACAACUAACUAUAGUUCAGCUGAUUAUGAACGUUUCUUCAAUGAUAUAAAUUACACUAUCGGCUACCAAAUGUGGAAAGAUACUCACAACCUUGUUGAUGGAUUAGAAAUGCCUACUGGUGUUGAUGAUAUCCAUUGCAUUCACGGUUCCAAUUUAUCCACUACCGAAAAAAUUGCUUAUUCUGCACCCAGUUUAUUUUAUAAUGGUUUUCCGGAUCAAGUACCUUUAUUAAUUCCUGGUAACGGAGAUGGGACAGUCGGUAUACGAAGUUUAGAAUACUGCAAAAAUUGGCUCGGAAUUAAACAUCAUAUAUUACCUGGAGCUGAGCAUGUUCGUAUUCUUAGUGAUACAAGACAUAUUAACAUCAUUCUCAAAAUUCUUAAUACAAAUGUAACUUAUAGGUAAAAAUCAGAUUAUGAUGCCAGAGGAUAUUUUAUUGAAUUAUAUGAGAAAUAUAUCAUAUUAAGUCAAUAAACUUUGAAAAACAUGGUAAAAAGUACUAUUAAUACUGAGCAGCUGUUUUUGUGUACCAUCAAUUGUUUUCUUUAAAAAAUGAUACAGUUUGCUGUACUUUUCAUUCCUAUUGUGAACAGACUAACACUCUAUAGGACUGGCAUCUUUCCUACGAAGUGGGAUGAGGAAUAAAAAGUAAUCUUGUGAUCGGUUUGGUUUUAUUUUCUGAUCAUAUGAUUCAACUUGCUGAUAUGGCCAUCGUUUAGGAAACACUCACUAUUUUUUAUUGCCAUCUGAUCAGUUUAGUUUCAGGAGUAAUGAAAAACUUCCAUUGAACGAUUCACUAUGUAGCAGCAUAAAAAAUUCUCAGUCGGUUGAGCCAUUUGUAAAAAUGUAAUUCUUAGGUAUCCAUACCCUUAUUA